GUCAACUGGGGGCACCAACGGUUGAGAUGGUUUUGCCAUUCGUGAAGAAUGCGUCCUUUGGAGAGCGGCUCUCACAUCUCGUGAAAUGGUGAGAGAAGUUGAGAUGUCUGGAACCAUCGAGCAUGUCGACUUUCAGAAGGCAUUUGGCAUCUUGUAUGGAGACGAAAAGUUCCAAAAGAGAUAUCACAAAGAAAUCAGUAAAGAUCCCGGUGCGGUAGUGUCCACUUGGACGAGGGAGGGGCGGCGGGAAGUCAAGUUUGCAGCUCCAGUGAGUGCACCAAAAGUAGUACAGAUGCUUCUAGGCGCAGACAAGCUGCAAGUGACAGAAAUCCAGCAGUAUACAAAGCUGGAAGAUUCAGUCAUCAUAAAGUCUGAGCCGAUUUUCGACGCUCCUGGUGGAAGCAGCUUUCGGACGUUUGGUAAAGUGAUACUGGCGCCUGGUGAUACAGAUCGAAGCUGCCGCGUCACCAUGUUGAUAUCGUUGGAAUGCAAAGCUGGAAUGUGGGGAGUACAGGGAACCGUCGAGAGUUACAUGGAGACCCAUGCAAGGAAAUCUUUUACGGGAUGGAUGCGCAUAGCUCGAAUCUUUUGUGAGGAGGAGCUCGGGUUGACACAGCGGCAGGAGUUUGGAGACGAGGACGAGUACUACGAUUUUGAGGACGUGGGAUCGGUCUCGGGGUCAGAGACAGGGAGUAGUUCUGGUAGCCUAGCGGAUAGAGACAGGGACGUUGGCUCCAGCAGCGAGGCUCCGUUAGGACUGGACAUGUGGUUCGUCCAGUCUGUGUUGAAGGAGCUCAACGGGUUGCAGAUAUCCGGGGACGCAUCGCGGACGCAUUUAGAGAAGUUGAAUGUCAAGCUCCAAAAGAUUGAGGACGAGCUUUCCAUCGUCAAGUCCCACUUAGAGCGGCAGAAUCGGCGAUGGUUACAGGCGACGUGGGGGGUGGUGGCUUUGAGCAUUGCAAUCGGGUUGAUAAUCGGUUUCCGACGGCUGUGUGUGCGCACAAACAGGAGGUAGCACUGCUCAGACUCCCAUGAAUUUGGUUGGCAUUUAUUCGGAGAUGGGAACAGGAAAGGAAUCCUAUGAGAAGGACUCGAGGAAGACACAGGAGAUUAUCAUCACGUGAGCUUGUCAGAGGAUCGUGAGUGGCAGUGGCACUGGAAAAUGGAAGGUCACAGCGCCAGGGAAAGCAAAAAAAAGUCCUUUUUUUUCUCCGG